AUGGGGCUCCCACAACGUCCUUUUCUCUCUCGCCCCUCCUCGUUCUCGCACGCUCUUCUUUCCUGCCCUCUUUCUCUCCUCUUCCUUGUUUCCCUUCUUUCCACCGUUCCGACUGUGGGCUCGACCGUGCUGUCGUCAGAAACUCCUGUGGCUGAGGAUCCCGCUCUCUCCCAGAGGCGAUUCUUGUUCGAGGGCUCUCAAGUGGAUCUCCCUGGCGGCUUGGACUUGCACGUCGCCCCAUUACUGCAAUCGCCUGUCAGCUUUGAAGGCAGUCAGACUCGGCUUAGGGGUCUCAAUCGGACCGGGACUUUGGUGCAGGUGGGACCGAGCAAUUCACUGUCGCUCCAGAGCAGUGAUAUAGCGUUUAUCUCCUGCGACCGUACCGCUUAUACAGGAAACUUGGACGCGGAUGCGACUCUGAACAACGUCUUGUCAAGGGAUCCCGAGGCUGUGUUGCUGUAUAGCACGACUGUGUCACAUUGCAACUACACGAAUGACCAAAGCAACUACCGAUAUAUCUUCACCUUACUGAGCGCGAGUACCGCCAAAGCCAUUGAAUCACAGCUCGCUGCUGGAAAUCAAACCGGAUCUACUUCUCUUGUGCCCGACAUGUCUACCUUCGGCCCGGCGAACAUACCCGGCGAUAACGAUGGCGGGGGGACUGGUGGCGACAGCCCUAACACAGGUAUCAUUACGGCACUGUUCCUUUCGAUUAUCAUCACCGGUGCUAUUCGUGCCCACCGCCAUCCAGAACGAUACGGCCCGCGGCAACGACCCGGGCGACCGCGUCAAAGUCGAGCAAGAGGGAUAGCAAGGGCAAUGCUGGAAACGAUUCCGAUCGUCAAGUUCGGCGACAACACUCCUGAUGGCAAGCUUGACGACAAGGGAGACGUGGAGAUGUCGCUUGAGUCGGAGACGCCGACGUCGCAGUUACGAGAGGGUACAGAUACCCGGCAGCCAAUGGCUACCGGUGGUACCACGUCGCCAACACAUGAGACGCCACGAGAUACUGCCACGUCUUCGCCUGAAUCAGAUCCAGAACAGCGACGGGCUGGUACUACAGAGACAGAAACGACGACAGAGCAUCCCAAUUUCUCGUGCCCGAUCUGUACGGAUGAUUUCAUCAAGGGACAAGACUUGCGUGUCCUUCCCUGCAACCAUCAGUUCCAUCCCGAGUGUAUCGAUCCGUGGUUGGUAAAUGUGUCCGGGACAUGUCCUCUCUGCCGAAUCGACCUCAAUCCGCCGCAAGCCGAAGGUGAGACCGAAAACCAAGAUGGCGAAACCGGCUCCGAAGAAAACGCAGCAACAAACAACCAACCCGCCGAAGAAACCCACACGCACCGCCACCGACUCAGCAGCUAUUUAACCAGCACGCUGAACGCCCGUCGAAUGCGGGAAGCCAGCGUUGAAGAACGCCUUGCAGCGCUGCGCAGCGUCCGCGAGGAAGCGAACCGUGAUCCAGCAGACGGUGACGAGAACGAGCAACGGCGUCGUCGGAUUCGAUUAACCGCUCGGCUCAGGGAUCGGUUUCGGAUCCGCACGCGGGCGCAUGGCGACGAGUCGACCUCGACGCUUGCGGCUCCGACCUCUACAUGAGAGGGGUAUCUGACGGAUCCAUGAACAACCUAUACUCUUCUGGUUUUUUUUUUUCCCUUUUCUUUUUCUUUGUCAAUGAUUGCAACGAUUGUCCAUGACUUUCUGGACGUUUGGCGUAUUUACGAUGAUUUGGUUUCGCUUGGGAUGCAUUAUCGGUCUGCAUUUACGUUUGGCACAAUUACGAGUUCACUGCACAACCCGAUUGACUCGAUUGGUUUGAUCGAUGGGAUACAGGCGUUUAGAGGGUGGCUAUCUGACUGGCUGGUUAAAAUUGGGCGAUUCUCGAUAUUUGAUCUUGUG